AUGUACAGCAGGCCAACCGUGGGCAUCAGAAUUGAAGUUUUAAAUACUGAUAACUCAAGCCUUUUAGUGACCCUCUCUCCAGAUAUAGUCGUCGGUAAAGAAUCUGUGGUUAACGUGAGUGUGACCAAGGGCGAUCCCCCAAUAUACAAUAGGGCUAGUACGGGGGUAUAUUGGUCAAAUGUGUACUACACCAAUAAUGGAUCACCUUGCAUAAAAUUCAAGACAAGUGGCUUCAACUUAACAGUGAUUGAAUCGCCCCUUCCCUUUCCUAAGUUGCUACGACUAUUCAAAGACGAUGACCUAUUCUAUAGCACAGUCUAUGAACUGGUUCAAAAGAUAAAGGGUGUUGAACAGUAUAAAGCACCUGGGUUAUUCCUAACAACAGUUAAAGAUAAGUUAAAAGGUGUCCUCACCACCACUAUUACCAAUGUGCCUAAAGAUACUGCCGGUACAUAUGGGUGUGAAGUGGAGUUCUAUAACGGUACUAGGUGUUUCAAUUGA